AUUCAGUCGGAGACGAAGGGAAGCAAUCAAACCAGCGAAGCAGAGCGAUGAUGAGUGACCAAUGAUUCCCUCGCCAAAUCGCAACCUCCACCGGCUAAAAACCAAGGCAAACCGCAAGAUGGAUUAACCGGCGGCUCCCCUCCGUCGCCGUCGACCCACCGCUGCGCUCGCUCUCCCCACCUCCGCGGACCACGGCCAACACAACACACGAGCUGGAAAUCUCUAGUGGAAUAGAACAGCAGCAGCAGCAGUGUAAGCGAAGCCGCCUUGGGUCAGCAAAGCAUAGCUUCCCCUCCACUCCAGUGGACUGGUGGAGGCGGCACUUGCCUUGGCUUCCCCUCUCCGCUUCGUCCUCCCUGUCUGUUCCCCUCGCCAGCCACCGCCCGCCGGAACGAAAGAAAGCGACGAAUGCAACCGCUUCGCCACGGCCCGUCGGCGGCCGUCGGCUGGGGCGGGGUCGCCGGAGCGGGCCCCACCACCGUCGACGAGGCCUCCAUGGAGCGCAGCAAGAGCUUCAUCAAGGCCCUGCAGGAGCUCAAGAACUUGCGGCCGCAGCUCUACUCGGCCGCCGAGUACUGCGAGAAGUCCUACCUCCACAGCGAGCAGAGGCAGAUGCUGCUGGACAACUUGAAAGAUUAUGCUGUACGGGCUGUUGUCAAUGCGGUUGACCACCUGGGCACCGUUGCCUACAAAUUGACAGACCUGUUCGAACAGCAAACUCCUGAGGUUUCAAGUCUGGAGCUGAAGGUUGCACACCUGAACCAGCAAAUUUUCACAUGCCAAAUCUACAUGGACAAAGAAGGCCUCAGGCAGCAGCAAAUGAUGGGAACAGACAGAAAACACCACAAGCACUAUACCCUACCAUCUACUGGUCAUAAAAGAACCCAAGCUCUUGCACACCAGCAAACAGACACUGAUCAGGAAUCAAAACCAAGACCUUAUCCCUCAGCAAAGACCCUUUCCUGGCAUCUGGCAUCAGAGAAUAGCACUACAGCAAACGGAGCACAUAAACCUACAUUUGUCCUUGGGGACACAGUAUCGUCUAAACUUGCAUCAGGUGGUUUAAACCUUCUGUGUAAGGAGCGGUCUGCCUCUCCUAUGCGCAGGCCUCUGCAAUUGAAUCGGAGCACCAGUUCUGAUGCCACACAAAAGGUUGGCACUAAGAACCAAUUCGGUGUAAAGGAUUUGUCAUCAUUUCAUUCUUUCGACAACCCUAAAGGACGUGCAAUCCAAAAGGCUCCUGUUGGCGCUAAAAGCAUGCUAGGGGCUCUCUUUAUCAAGCAUAAAUCAGCGAAGAUGAAAAAGAUCGCAGCUCGCUGAUUAGGUCACAUGCAGGGAGCUUGAUAUUGUACAUCUAACCUUUUGCAUCCGUGUUCGGUAUGCUAGUGGUUAGAGCUGAAUGCCUAUUGUCGUUUUCAUUUCAAAAUCUGUAUUAUGUCAUCUUGCCGAUUACCCAAGUGUAAUGGUUUCAUAUCAACAUAUACGAGCAUGCUCGCCGUGUAAUUCUGCUUGCUUAUAGCUUCAGUUUUGAAGCAUAAAAUAAAAUGCAUACUGGAAAUAGCUUUCAGAGUUGCCAGAUUA